AAUGGCAAAAUUGAGCGGAAAAAUGGCCAUCAGGUGGCGCCAUAGUCAUAAAUUUGACAGUUGUUGUCUAACCUAUAAUUUUUCCAAAAACAAAAAUCGUAUUUAUUGAACGAAAUGGCUCUAAACGGUUUCUUUGACUUCUUCCAAAAGGGCAAAACUUUUAGGCCCAAAAAGAAAUUCACUCACGGUACCAUUCGGUACAGUUUACACAAACAAGCCUGUGCGAGCCUCAAUUCUGGGAUUAAUCUCAGAUCAGCGGUAAAACUCCCCGAAGGCGAGGAUUUAAACGAUUGGAUUGCUGUUCAUGUUGUGGAUUUUUUCAACCGAAUUAACUUGAUUUAUGGCACGAUUUCGGACUAUUGUACCGAACAGUCGUGUCCGACAAUGUCGGGGGGUCCCCGAUUCGAGUAUUUGUGGGCCGAUGGUGAUAAAUAUAAAAAACCAACACCACUUCCCGCCAAAGAAUAUAUCAGUCAUUUAAUGGACUGGAUUGAGAUGCAAAUCAACAAUCAGGCGUUAUUUCCGUGCACUUCUGAUCUGCCAUUUCCCAAACAUUUCGAUAAACAUUGUAGUAAAAUUCUGGCACGGUUGCAUAGAGUUUUUGUACAUGUUUACAUCCACCAUUUUCAAAACAUCGUCGCCAUUUCUGCGGAGGCACACGUCAAUACGUGCUACAAACAUUUUUAUUAUUUCGUCACUGAAUUUGAUCUAGUGAGUCAGAAGGAGUUGGAGCCAUUGGCUGUCAUGGCUUCUCGAAUUUGCAAAGAUUAGCUUAAGUGUCACGUGAUUAAUUUAUAAUCAGGGUUUUUUUAAUUAAUUAAUUAAGGCCAGUCGUUUACUCGGGGACUGUUUUAUUAUACUAAUCGGCCAUAUUUAUAUAUUGUAGUUCAGUAUUAAUCGACUAAGUCAAUAAACAACCAAAGAAAAACUA